AUGAGCUGGUUUUCCGGAGCCAAGACCAUCCUCGUGCGGGAGGGCCCUCGCUCGAAGAUAACCAAGACGCCCUCGCUGCUGAGAGCCGAGGAGAACCACUGCGCCAACUGCCACGACGCGGCCUUCCCCAACGGCCGCUUGAUCUGCAGCCAGUGCCGCGGGGCAUUAUUCUGCUCCGACCGCUCCAAGUACUCGGUCGCGGACAAGAACCGUCCUGCGGGUGGCCAGCGCGCCUUUUUCUUUCCGGGCAUGAUGCCGCGCGCCAACGUUGUGUUUGUCGACCGCCUCGGCUGGGGGAGCCAACUCGUCGAACGGCAAGGCGAGUUCUUCGGUAUGGCCGCCGUCUCGAGCAUGACAACUAUCACGGCCGAGUACAACUACAUGACGGGGCGGCGCUUGCCUUUCGACUUGAAGGUGGUCAAGACGACCCCAGACGCCAAGGUGCUGGCCAACAGGAGCCUCAUCUCGUCCUUUGUCGCCAUGAACGACGCCGGGUGCGUGCCGCAGUACCCAUGGACCAACGGCGUGCUGGCGGUGCGGUGCCAGACGGGCACCGACGUGGCCGAGGACGUGACCAUGGCCGACUACCGCGACGUCAUGGACUUCUUCACGUGGUACGGCCACCGCUACGACCCGGCCAUGAACGGCUACAUGAACACCCACACGCUGCCGCAGCAGCCGGCCGUCCGCGGCGUCGUCAUCCGGUGCGACGCGAGCAUCUCUGACUUCGGCACACCCCAGCCGCCCGUGUCGUCGCUCAUGAUCGACCACCUGCACCCAAUCCGCGGCCUGUACGGUCCCAAAGCGGGCGCGCUCAGCCUGGCGUCAGCGCGCGUCGGCGUGCCGCUACGCCUCUUCAGGCUCCCGCCACCCAUCUCGACGCGCAUGAACUCGUGGCACAAGAUCUCGCCUAUGGGCAGCACCAACUCGCGGGCGCGUAGCCUAAUGAUGAACGUUAGCGGCAAGACCCCGGCCGAGUUCGGCACCUUCCUGGCCGAGUACUACAACGACCACGUCGGCGACGUGCUGGUGGCGCGCGACGACGGCCAGGACCUGGGCGAGGACGAAGUGCACGCCCUCGUCAGGAUGAUGGGGGGCUGGACAUCGGUGAGUCCGUGGACGUGGCCGGCUCUGACCAGGGAGAUGCAGAGCUCCACCGGCCAGCUCAUCACGCAGCACAUUGUCGAUAGCUUUAUCACGGAAAGCAUCUACGAAGCCUAUCUUUUCGGCGAGAGAAAAGGCGCCACACCCUCCCCUCCUCCUACUGCCGACUCACCAGAGCGCGCCGUGUCCAUCAUGGACCAAACCAUCCCGGCGCUGCACACGCGCGUCUGCGACAGCUUCGGCCAGCCCAUUUUCGAAGGAUACCCACACUCUUCCACGACAUCCGUAAUGCCCGACCCAGCUGCGUUUAUCAGGCCUCUUCUUGCGCCCGUACCAGGGCCCAUGCCUUUAUCGACGAUUGCAGCCCCGUUUUCUUCUUCUUCUUCUGUUGGCCUUGGACCAGCCAACCCUCUAGUGACAGCGCCAGCGAACCCCUUCGUCGCACCUAACGGCGUUAAUGUCCCGCUGCUUCGCCCGGUCGCUAAAUCCGCUUCGCGCCGUUCGAGGAGCGUCUCCCCCAAGAAGGCGGCAGAAUCACCACGGGCCGGCAACAAGAAUGAUGACGCCAUGAAGGGCGUCCUGAAGCAGCGCCCAGGCGACACCAACGGCAGCCAUCCCCAAAGCCCCCUCAGUAAUACCGCCGCUGCCUGUCCUGCCAAUGGCGCCGCGGCUCCUCCUCCUGCGAAUACGAACGCGUCGUCGUCGUCGUCACCGCAGAAAAAAAGCGUGACAUUCGCGCCGCACCCGGAAUUCGCGUCGCCGCUCGUCUUCCCCGUGGUAUCAGUCUCGCCGCCGCCGCGCUUCUCGCUGUCGCCAGACGAUACACUGAACGAGGAGUUCGCUGCUAUUGGCUCUGGGAGUGCGACUUCUGGAGGGAAGGCGCUUAAGAGGGGAUGUCCCGCCGACGGAUUCGGCCAACAUAGCGAGCGAGCCUCCAAGCGCUGGCGCUCUCCCGGCUACGCCCCCCACAUACUGCGGGACAGAGUAGGAGAGUGUCGAGCGGCGUUCGAGUACCCGCCGCCCCCGCGCCGCAUGUAUAAUUGCUCGACCGUGGAGAUGCCCGAGGACUGGGUGCCAGAUGAUUUCGACAUGUUUCUUUGCAACGAGGAGUGA